GACCUCGGAGUACCCCGGCAUACCUGACGGCCGGCAGAAGACGUCCAGAGCGGGAGUGGCGGGUGUCGGCGGUGGCUCGUUCGAGUCGGGUGCAGCUGCCGAGGCCGCGGAGCUGGGCACAUCCGCCGAGUCACCGCGUGAGCUGGCCCGGCCGCAUUGCGCCGAACAUGGUGCGGGGAAGGACGCACUGACGGCACACGGCACAGAGGACCACCCGGCCAGCGUGGCGACGACCAGUUCGGACACGCCUAUGGAACAGAUGGACUACAGUGACGAGGCAGAAGGGCUGAAGACGCACAUCUCGACGGCUUUCGGUGGGCUGCUGGACCGAGCCCUCAGCAGUCACCUCGAGAGGGGACUCAGCCCAGGAAAAUUGCUCUACGCCACAACGCCCGACGCGGAGACCGUAAAGCAGAAAGCGAUGGCGGCACUGCACGAACUAGCCGUGCAACGCUGCAGGUGCUGCAGAGGGUCGCAGACCAACUGGGAGACGCGGUUCCCGCUGGCGACGUCCAGCAGCGAGGGAGCUACCGGGCCGGAAGAGGGGGCCGCCUCCGGCUUGCCACUGGUGGAAACUGACCAACUCGCACCUCCGAAGUGGGAGAUCCAGCAAGUGUGCGUUAAAGAAGAAACUCCGACUGAACCACUUGCUGAUGAUCCAGUUUCCAUUUCUGAUGCGCAGAUCAUUAAGGGAGAGGUUCUUGAAGAUCCAGCAGCAGACUCGGGGUUCAGUGUAUUUAUUAAAGAGGAUCCAGACUUAGAUUUAGGUGUGGAUGCAACUGACAAUAAAGAGGCAGCCACAAGCGGAUACACUUCAGAUAUUACACGAUGCACCACUCCAGCCUCAUCUAGCCUGUCGGUCUCUGAUGUUGGCAGCAGUGGCCUGGCUGUCCCUGACACGUCGCACCUCGGCAGUGACUACUGGGAGGAGUACGCCCCCACAGAUGACGCGACGACGACGUUGACGGGUGGUGCCGGUACUCUGACCUCUGCAGCUGUCGUCACAGCCGACAGUAGUGGCGGUGGUACUGAGAGCGACAGCAGGGGAACCACCGCUAGCAGUGCUGCCAAUGCGACAGGCGAGGAGCAGCCCCUCACUGGUGGUGGCUCUGCCAGUACUGCCAACACUAAGCCACCAUUCUCCUACAGGAUGCUCAUUGCUAUGGCCAUAAUACAGUCACCGCACAGGAGACUGACGCUGUGGGAAAUCUUCACCUACCUCGUGAGCCGCUUCCCCUACUUCAGACGCAACAAGAAGAUCUGGCAGAACUCGAUACGCUGCUGCCUGUGGUCUGGCAAGUGCUUCGUCAAAGUGCGACGGGGGCGUGGCGACGCCAGUGGCAAGUACUGCAACUACUGGACGCUCGACCCGCAGUGUGGCGAGAUGUUCGAGAAUGGGAAAUUCUGCUGCCGGCACGUGAAGAGACCGACCUGCAGGGGUCUCGCGGUGGCGGCGACCGCGCGCCGAGCGCAUCCGCACCUCUGCCGGCGCGAACACCGCCGCCGGCAACACGACACGCCCUACACGAGCCCGGCGGAGUACCGGCAGCUGCCGGAGACCGCAGGCGGCGAGGCGCGACCGUCCUAUCCGCUCUGCACCAGGAGGGCGACGGUGACUGAGAUUUACGCCUACAUCGCGAGCCACUUCCCCUACUACGAGCGCAACAAGAAGGUCUGGCAAAAAUCGAUCCGCAACAUCCUGUCGCUCGGCAAGUACUUCGUCAAAGUGCCGCGGGAGGACGGCGACCGCAAGGGCGACCGCUGCUGCUUCUGGGUGCUCAACUGGAAAUACAAGGAGAGGUUCGCAAGUGCCAACUUCCGCUGGAAGCAGUCCACGAAGCGGCCACUUCGCAGGGGUCCGAAGGCGAUCACCGCACCUUUAGCGCCCUGCGAGAAAACUGUCACCUCGCUGCCCUGCGCCAGCACUGCCACCCCAACCUCCACAACCGUGUCAGUCUCCGGUGUUGGGAACCCUGGAAAGGACGCCCCCAAUUCGUCCCACCCUCGCAGUGACCGCAGUUGGGACUUCUCGGCAUCAGACGCAACAACAUCUGUGAGCGACACUCCAACUCCAACUCCAACUGUGUCCGGUGGCAGAGACGACUGUACCAAUGGUGGGGGAACCACCGUGUGCAGUGCUGCCGGCGGAGCAACCGAAGAGCAGCGCCGUGGGGAUGCCGGCUCAGCCAGUACUGCCAACACGAAGCCACCAUUCUGCUAUGUGAUGCUUGCUGCUAUGGCCAUAGCACAUUCACCAGACAGGAGGGCGACGCAGUCGGAGAUCUGCGCCUACAUCGAGAACCGUUUCCCCUACUUCGAUCGCAAGAAGAAGGUCUGGCGGAGCUCGGUCCGGGCGUACCUGUCGCUCGGCAAGUACUUCGUCAAAGUGCCGCGGGAGGACGGCGAUCGCGGGCAGCACUACUGGACGCUCAACCCGCAGUACGAGGACGUGUUCAACUACGGCAGCUUCCGCGACUACCCGUGCGUGAAGCGGACGUUGUGCAGGCAGUGCGAGAAGCAGCCGUUUCUCGGGCCCCGGGAGCGGUGACGCCGACGCCACCGCCAGCGCCUCCCGCCACCUCCAGAUCGCGCGACGCAGCCCCGCCGUGUCGGAGCACCUCGAGCUGCCGGCUGCUGCCGACAGGUUGCAGUGCGGUCCCACGCCUCUCUCGACUGCCGUCACCGCCUGUCCCUACUGUGCCAGGUACGAGCACAGGUCUACUCAAAUUUCUGACGGGUACAACAGUGCUCCAUUUGAAGAAAGUAAUCAUGAUGUGCUGAUGGAGCAGGAGGAGAAAACACAGUUCAUCAGUUGUAGUCUUCGAACACAAGAAAUUGUGUCACAAGAGAAUAAUUCGUUCUGCAGUGCAGAUAGUGUGGGUGCGAUGGACCGGAACUUUUCUGUCUUGACUUGCAGUUCGUGCAUACGGAGCUUUACAUCAAAAUACAGCCUCAUAAUGCAUUUUUUCAUUGAUAUUGAUACUGUAGAACCACAAUCACAUGUUUAUAGAUGCUGUGGUGAAGUGUGUCUCACUGAUUUCAUGCUGAAUAAGCAUUUGAAUAUGAAAUACAGUGACAUGACCCUGCAUGCUCAUUUGGUGACAGUAGUAAGGUGUGUAUUUUAUUUUUUAUUUACACGUCAAGUUCCGUAGAACCAAAAUGAGGAAGCAAAUCUCCAAGGUCGUGGAUCGUGUCAGUACAUGUACAGUGUAGCUUCAGUGAUUUGUGCAAAGACGUAUUCAGUUCAAAAGAUCACGUGCCUGUUUCUUUCAGUGGUAACAAUUCACAUAAACAAGUCACAGACAUUGAUCACAUAUCACAGGGACAUUGUCGUUGACCCAGUAACUGCCCUCUGCCAAAAUAAAUGCACAUGUGAAGCUGUACAAAUGAACUGUAUGUAGUAAAUACUUUGCUUUUCCUUGUUACCCCAAGAACUGUGCUAUUGUCUAGAGUAGGGGUCUCCAAACUAUGGCCCGCGGGCUGAAACCGGCCCGCGUUAGCUGGCCGGACAUCCCCGGUAUCCGGCCCGCCAAACAUUUGAGGUGCUACCUAUACUGCCAACAAUUGAGUG